CCAUGGCGCCGCCUUCGGCCCUGUUCUCAGCGCGGGAACCAGAGGGGACACUGCGCGAGGGGAGGAGCCCCGAGCACGUGAGCUUCGCGGACGUGGCCGUGUACUUCUCCCCGGAGGAGUGGGGCUGUCUGCGCCCGGUGCAGAGGGCCCUGUACCGGGACGUCAUGCGGGAGACCUACGGCCACCUGGGCGCGCUCGGAUUCCAAGGCACCAAGCCGGCCCUCAUCUCCUGGAUGGAGGAAGAGGCUGAACUGUGGGGUUCAGAUGCCCGAGAUCCGGAGUUGGGAGAGUGUCUGUCAGAAGACCCAGCAGGUUCCAUAAACAAGGAAGAGAAAGGACAAAGAGAAGGCACUGAGGCACUGGAGAAGAUCCUUUCUAUGAACACUUGGCCUCUUGGGCUGAAGCCUCUCAAACCCCCUUCUGCUGUGCUCCCUUACAGUGUGGAGCAAUCAACCAAGGUGCCUCACCGGGGUCGCCCCCCACUCUUUGCCCAUCCCCCUGUUCCGAGGGCGGACCAGCGUCAUGGUUGCUAUCUCUGUGAGAAGAGUUUUGCCUGGCGCUCCACAUUGGUGGAGCACCUAUACACCCACACGGGUGAGAAGCCCUUCUCUUGUCCUGACUGUGGCAAGGGCUUCGGCCAAGCCUCCUCUCUGAGCAAGCACCGGGCCAUUCACCGUGGGGAGCGGCCCCACCGCUGCCCCAACUGUGGCCGGGCGUUCACCCAGCGCUCUGCCCUUACCACCCACCUACGGGUCCACACGGGUGAGAAGCCGUACCGCUGUGCUGACUGUGGCCACUGUUUCAGCCAGAGCUCUGCUCUCUACCAGCAUCAGCGGGUCCACAGCGGCGAGACCCCCUUCCCCUGCCCAGACUGUGGCCGUGCCUUUGCCCAUGCCUCAGACCUUCGGCGCCAUGGGCGCACCCAUACAGGCGAGAAGCCUUACCCGUGCCCAGACUGUGGGCGCUGCUUCCGACAGAGCUCUGAAAUGGCAGCCCACCGGCGUACCCACAGUGGGGAACGCCCCUACCCCUGUCCUCAGUGUGGCAGGUGCUUUGCCCAGAAGUCAGCCAUGGCCAAACACCAGUGGGUCCAUAGGCCUGGUGCUGGGGGACGCAGGAGUCAGGGUGCCAGUGGGUUGCCUGUACCUCUGUCUCCUGGGCAAGGGAACCUAGACCCACCUGUGGACUUCCAGCACUACCCAGAGAUAUUCCAGGAGUGUGGGUGAUGGCCUCAAAGGUGAAAAGAGAAAGGGUGAGGACCUAAACAUGUCUUGAGGCUCAAGCUGGAAUAGGUAUUCAACUUCUGGGGGCUCCAGGGAGGUCAUAGAAUUCCUUGUAAGAGCUGGACCUGCGGGAUGAGGACCAUCUUAUUUUAGGUUCUUACCAGCUUGAAAUGCUGACACCUCAUUCUCUACUGUCCUAGACUCCAGAAGUCCCCUUCACUGAAUUAGGGCUGGGGUUAGAACCCUGAGUAGGCCUCUGCUGUAGGAAGAAAAGGCUGUUUGUCAGCUUAGAUGUGUUAAGAGGAUUGAGGUAGAAGAGAACCUUGUUUUACCUAUUAUCUAUUUUUACUGCAGGAGUUAAUAACUGAUGGUCAUGUAUUGAAUCUGGCCUAUAGCUGUCUCUCUCUCUCUCUCUCUUUUUUUUUUUUUUUUUGGCUCAGUCAGAAUUUUAAAAGGUUACAAAUUACUGGUUAAGAUCUCACACAAAAAUCUAGGUUUCUGACUUCUGAGAAGUUCAAAAGAUUUGGCAACUCUCUCUGAGCUCCCACAAAACCACAGUUGGUGGGAGCUGGGGGCAGUUGUCUGUCCCCUUUGCUCAGCGUGCUCACUACUCUGCAUCAGCUGACCAGCGUCAGCUGACACUCAUGGUCUGACCAGGUCUCUGGCAAAGCAGGCCUUCUUCAUCUGGUAGUUUCCGCUCCUUUACAGGACCUGUUGGGAUCCUGUGGUCAUUGGAGUUUGCAAACCACAGCAUAUAGCUUUCCCAAAUCAGGGAUUCAGGUAGAGAGUAUAUAUGUGAAAGAGUGGCAGGAAUGAAGUAAAAGUAGGCUUUAUUUUGGAGCUUCCUUGCAUUGUAUUGUUAACAAGGUACUGUCUUGACCAUGAUCUCAUUUCACCCUCAUAACUGCCUGAGGAGGGGAGCACCUUGGUUGGACAGGACAGCUCAGUUAGGAAGAGGCAGUCACACUGAAUCUUUUUUCCCAAACCAGUGGCAUCUCUGCUGUAUCACAGCACUGCUCUCAGCUGGCCAGCAGUUCCUGGUUCUAAAGGGGAAGGCCCUGAGAGCACCCUCCAGCCCUCUGGGCCUCCGUGGGAGAGCCCUAUGGCUCAGGCCUUACCCACCCUAGACCCAGCCAGCAGGGCCAACCUCAUCACAUUCUAGAACUGGAAGGGAUCUGAACUUUUGCAGUUGGGGACACUGAAACUGGGGAAAACUAAGCAACCUGUCCAAGGUCACACACAGGGAUGGUAAGGUUCUUGGUUUACUGCUCUCUUUACCACACCAUUCCUGGAUCUCUUGCCAGUGUCUCAGCCAGGGUUCUGGAGGCAUCUUCCAUUCCUGUGAGGGCUCCCAGGCACUGACCAGAACUGGGGACUGACCAGCCCAGGGUCAGUGAAGCCCAGGUGUAAGAUAAGUGACAAAACAGCCACAUGGCAGACCAAGGGAAGGCAGUAACCAACCUGAGAGUUAAGGGCAAAUGAGCAAAGCUUGAUCUUCACUCUCUUCAGGUACAUCCAUCGUGAACCAAGAGGAACUAGCCCAGGAACAUUGGGAUUAGUAGCCAGAGGGAACUGUACUCAGCUGUAUUCCCAACCUCUGUACACAUUCUUUCCCCUCUCACCGUGUGAUUACAUUAUACAACUAUCAUGAAUUCCUUUGUGGUUAGAGUCCAGCCGUGUCCAGGUGAUGGAAGCAGCCAGCCCUGGGCAGACCCUGUCCUGCAUCUGGUCAGGAUGAUUCUUGACUAAAGGAGGAGUAGCAGGGGAUAUGUCCCCUGCUUGCCUGUGUGCACUUGCCUUCUUUACUGAAUUCAGCCUCUUGUCUGGCCUACCUUAGGGAGGAAGAAACCAGAUUUGUCAACCUGGAGAAACUUCUAAAGAAAAAGGUAGAAGAUUCGGGGAAAAGACACUGUUCAGGUGAAGUAAUGAAA